AUGCACUCUCCUCUACAUGAUCUUACCACUGACAUACCUUUGGACGAGCCCUCAGACGAGUCGGAUGUCGAAUAUGAGUAUGACAAAUCCGAAACAGAGACAUUUUAUAUCAAUCUUGACCUUACAUCUUGCAAUGGCCCAAUUCGCCCUCCGAGGCAGAGAACCUUUGCUCCUGCAGACCCGAUAAUAGCCUCAGCCGCAGCUACAAGCUCGCGAACGGGCUCUCCAGUGCGGGAUUCACCUGGCCAAAAUCAGGCAAUGAGCGAUGAGCCGAACCUGGAUACUGAGCUCCAAAGUCAAAUACAGAUAAUGGAGCUACACUCUCCGAACCCGAUUAUCUCUUACCAUAACCAGAUAUUCAGCUGCUCUUGGGCUGAUAAUAUCGGGACUGACAUGAUGUUUUCAUUGCCCGAAGACGACUCCGACCUUGCCCUCCGACAAACAAGAGACUUUGAUCUAAUUUCCACUACACGUGUGAAGAUAUUAGGCCAGAAAGCGCAUGUCAUUUCCGGAUCUAGCUCCAGCCAAGCUCAAAGAAUCGAUUCCGCCGACGCACUGUCUGGUCAAGCGCAAUUUUUAGCAUGUCUUAUGAGGGUCAAAAAGGCCAAGGGUGAGCAGGACGAGGUCCGAACAGUUUUCCCAGCAGCACAGAAGCGAAAUGAAAACCUAGACGAGAAGUUACAGAGUUGGGCGAGAACAGAAGGAUUGCUCACGGAAAUGGAACAGCUCAAUGAACAGGCUUUUCGUGGGGACAUCGAUUCUGUGAAGAGAUUGGAAGAAAUAUACAUGCAGUUUGAUGCAGCACUUCGUAGCAGUGCUGGAAUUGGAGUCCCCGAAACUACGCCAACCUCACCAACUCAAUCACAAGCACAGGAGGUUCAAGAUUUACCAGGUGCGAACGAAGAUAAAUAA